UCCUACUAUAACACAAAUUCUUCUUUAUAUAUUUAUCUGUUGAAUUUAAUCCGUUUGACAACACUCUUCAUCUUCUCAAUCACUCUCCAUCUCCGCCUCCACGGUAGCCAUGGCCUGCUCCGCCGACGAGCUGGCCCAGCUUCUCGGUACAAACGUAACCAACUCCUUACAAGCCGCCAGUUUCAUCUGCUCUCGUUUCACAGCCUCCGAUGACAAUUUCACCGCCACCAAAUACGCCGUCGACACCACCUACCUUCUCUUCUCCGCCUAUCUGGUGUUCUCCAUGCAACUAGGGUUUGCCAUGCUAUGCGCCGGAUCCGUCCGCGCUAAAAACACCAUGAAUAUCAUGCUCACCAACGUUCUUGACGCCGCCGCCGGCGGGAUAUUCUAUUAUCUCUUCGGUUUCGCGUUCGCCUUCGGCGGUCCGUCGAAUGGGUUCAUCGGAAAACACUUUUUCGCGCUGAACUCAGUACCGUCGGAUUCUUUUGAUUAUAGUAAUUUUCUUUAUCAGUGGGCUUUUGCUAUUGCGGCGGCCGGAAUUACCAGUGGCUCUAUAGCGGAGAGAACUCAGUUUGUUGCUUAUUUGAUUUACUCUUCGUUUUUAACCGGGUUUGUUUACCCGGUUGUUUCUCACUGGUUCUGGUCAGCUGACGGAUGGGCUUCGGCUUUUAAUACGGGCGAUCUUUUGUUCAGCACCGGAGUUAUUGAUUUUGCUGGCUCCGGCGUUGUUCAUAUGGUCGGCGGUAUUGCUGGGUUUUGGGGUGCUGUAAUCGAAGGUCCAAGAAUCGGCCGGUUUGACCAUUCCGGUCGGUCUAUUUCGUUACGUGGGCAUAGUGCUUCUCUCGUUGUUUUGGGUACUUUCAUGCUUUGGUUCGGUUGGUAUGGGUUUAACCCUGGUUCGUUUAACAAAAUCUUGAUCACUUACUCCGGUUCUGAAGCCUUUUACGGUCAAUGGAGUGCAGUUGGUCGAACCGCGGUUACUACCACCUUAGCCGGUUGUACCGCUGCUUUAACCACUCUAUUUGGUAAAAGAAUUUUAUCCGGUCAUUGGAAUGUAACAGAUGUUUGUAACGGUUUACUCGGCGGUUUUGCUGCUAUUACUGCGGGUUGCUCCGUCGUUGACCCGUGGGCUGCUAUUAUUUGCGGGUUUGUUGCUGCUUUGGUUCUAAUCGGGUGUAAUAAACUGGCUGAGAUUUUCAAAUAUGAUGACCCGUUAGAGGCGGCUCAGCUCCACGGUGGCUGUGGUGCUUGGGGUGUAAUUUUUACUGCUUUAUUUGCUAGAGAGAGGUUCGUGGAUCAAGUUUAUGGACCGGGUCGGCCAUAUGGGUUGUUUAUGGGCGGCGGUGGAAAGCUUCUGGGUGCCCAUAUUAUUCAGAUUCUUGUGAUUAUCGGGUGGGUUAGUGCAACAAUGGGUCCAUUGUUUUAUGUUCUUCAUAAACUGAAGCUUUUGAGGAUUUCUGCUGAAGAUGAAAUGGCGGGUAUGGAUAUGACCCGACAUGGUGGGUUUGCUUAUAUUUACCAUGAUGAUGAUGAGUCACACAAGCAUGGAAUUCAGCUGAGGAAAAUUGAACCUUCAUCAACAACUCCUAAUUCAAAUAUCUAGAAUUUUUUUUGUAUUUUUUUUAAAUUUCUGUUAUUUUAAGUGUAGGGGGUAAAUUAGUAAUUAGGAAAUGUUAUCUUUUAGAAUUUGUAAGAUAAAAAUUCAAUAUUUGGUUGGUGGGUGUGUGUGUCCAUAUUCAAGAUAACGAAGACUUGGACUAGAAUGGUUUUAUAUUCUAUUUAUAAUUUUUAGUUCACUUCUUCACAUGAAUAUGAUGAAAUUAUAGAGACCUUAUUUUUUCUUUUUA